AUGCCACCACGGCUCUCUCACCUUCGCCUGGCCUCAUCGCUCCUAUCGAGGCCGCAGAAGCCCACACGAUCACCAGUGCCAUUGGCAGUCGCCUGCCUCGCCCUCGCCCAGCAGCGAUGCGCCUCGAUUCUGUCGUCGCUCGCCGACAACAAGGGCGCCUACAACAAAAAGAUUAGACGAGGUCGCGGUCCUGCGUCUGGCAAAGGCAAGACGAGUGGAAGAGGUCAGAAGGGCCAGCAUGCACACGGAAAAGUGCCUGCGGGCUUUGAGGGUGGACAGACGCCGCAAUGGAUCACCAACCCAGACCGUGGCCGGGGCAAAUACAACCCCUUCACCGUCGAGAUGUCGCCGAUAAACCUGGACCGGAUCCAGUCGUGGAUAGAUCAAGGGCGAUUGGACCCUUCCAAGCCCAUCACAAUGAAGGAGCUGGCCAAGUCACGCUGUCUGCACGGCGUGAAGCGAAACGGCGUCAAGCUGCUGGCUAGGAACGCCGAGCAGUUCACCACGCCCAUCCAUAUAAUCGUAUCCCGCGCCUCGGCCGAAGCCAUCGCUCGCGUCGAACAACUUGGUGGCAGUGUCACCACCCGCUUCUAUUCCGCUACCUCGAUCAAGCGUGUCCUCCGUGGCCACUCCCACCCCGCAAUAUCUUUACAAGCCUCAUCAGAUCUCGUCACCUUGACCGCCCAAAACUCCGCCAUUGUCGACUCACCCAUCCUCUCCUCUCUGCAGACCGCUGCGGCAGACGCAAGGCGCGAGGCCAUGGCCAUGGUGAUGCAACAGGUUGGGCAAAAAUACAAGUACAGGCUGCCAGAUGCCACGUCGCGAAAGGACAUUGAAUACUACCGAGACCCCGAACACCGCGGCUAUCUCAGCUACACGCUCAAGGAUGGCGAGAGCCCGAGUUUGUUCUUCAAGCCGCCGGUUGAGGCCAAGGACAGGAAGCAGAAGAGCGCGAGGAAAGAUGCUGCCAAGGCUAGUGCGGAUAACAGGCUGUUUUAG